AUGCAGCUCUCUUCUUACCUUUUGGCUCUCCUUGGAGCUUCGAGGAUUGCCUGGGCCGCCCCCGUCGCAAGCAAUGACCAACUCGAAUCAGCCUCCGACGAUGUAGAAAAACGCUUCUACUACACCCAUUAUACCCCCGAGAAGCGUGACGAGGACGUUGACAAGCGGUUCUACUACACCCAUUACCAAGCUGAAAAGCGUGAUGAGGACGUCGACAAGCGGUUCUACUACAAGAAUUACCAAGCUGAAAAGCGUGAUCAAGACCUCGACAAGCGGUACUACUACACCCAUUACGAGCCCGAGAAGCGUGAUGAGGACGUCGACAAGAGCGACGAGGAUCUCGACAAGCGGUUCUAUUACACCCAUUACACCCCAGAGAAGCGCGAUGAGUAG